AAUAUUUGCAAAGGCGGUAGGGCCAAAUUUAAGAUUCCUUCUUUUUGUUUAACCUUUUAACAUGGUGAACUUGCGUAGUCAGAAGCGCUUGGCUGCUAGCGUCCUUAAGUGUGGUCAGAGAAAGGUCUGGCUUGACCCUAACGAGGUCAAUGAGAUCUCCAAUGCCAACUCUCGCCAAAACAUCCGCAAGCUCGUCAAGGACGGUCUUAUCAUCCGUAAGCCCCAAGUCAGCCACUCCCGUUUCCGUGUUCGUGAGCACGCCGCUGCUAAGCGUGCUGGUCGCCACAUGGGUUACGGUAAGCGUAAGGGUACUGCUGAUGCCCGUAUGCCCCGUCAAGUCUUGUGGAUGCGCCGCAUGCGUGUCCUUCGUCGUCUCCUCCGUAAGUACAGAGAAGCUGGCAAGAUCGACAAGCACUUGUACCACACCUUGUACCUCAAGUCCAAGGGUAACGUUUUCAAGAACAAGCGUGUCUUGAUGGAAUACAUUCACAAGGCUAAGGCUGAGAAGCUCAGAGCCAAGACCAUCCAAGAUCAAGCUGAUGCCCACCGUGCCAAGAACAAGGCUGCUCGCGAGCGUCGUGCUAACCGUAUUGCUGAGAAGCAGGCUGCUAAGGCUGGCGAGCAAUAAAUUUUUUUAUCUGCUCAAUCCUAGCUCUAGCUCCCCUUUUAAUUUUCUCAGGCAAAAAUUGAAAUAAAAAAAGUUCGUUCUUGUCUCAA